AUGAGACGCACCAGAAAACCGGCGGGGCCACCGGAUCUCAGAGUUCUCGAGGAUAAAUGCCAAGUGAUGGUUCAUCGUAUCGAGGGACUGCUCCAGUAUGCGAUAGAGCACCCGCUCACGUGCGCCACCGAAUACGAUUGCCGUCCGUUCCAGGACGCGAUCCCGGUGAUUAAGUUGAUACGAAUCUUUCUCAACAAGCUUUCAAGACCAACCAAUAACAGACCACAUCCGCUAGCAGGAAUGAGCCCAGAUAAUCUCUUGACCAUCAUCAGAUCAACUGGGAAGAAUAUCGGAAAAUUUCUCCACCGCAUGAAAGAAAUUCACCCGAGCGGCGCAAUGAUUGGAUCGGGAUCAAAGGUUUUCGAUCUUGUGUAUUCCUUGCAACGUCCAAUCAACAUCGUCAAGCUUCAUCUCAGUCAACCUGGACAUUCGGAAUCACCUCAAGGCAGGACUGUUAACGAGGAUCGAUUGGCCCCGGCGAAGAAGAAUGCAGAAUCCAAGCAAGGCAUCAGACAGUUCUGGACCGACGCUCGAGUGCCUAGUAGGGUUUUAGAAACCUGCGGAACAAAUAUGAUCCCCCGGAGCCGUGUACUCAAGACGCCACGGACACUGGGACUAUCCCUGCUGAUGGAAGGACCUCGAGGGGAAUUCUCUGCGACGACUUACAUUCGACCCUUCUACCCCGCCUAA